AUGAGCAUGGCGGAGCGGAUGUCGAAGAUGAAAGAGCUGCGCAAAAAGAUGGUGAGUCUGCCCCCGUGCAGUGCUACCGCGCUGGACACUUCCACCCCCAAUACCUUUCUGACGCUCACUUUGACUGGAACGUCAGAAUGAUUCUUCGCAAGCCAAUAGACGAGCAGUAGCUCAAGAAGCCUCUCGAAACAAGUCUUCUCGUUCCGCCACAAGCUCUUCGCGCAAGUUUCUCAAAGCCGAGCGUAUUUUAGACGAGCGCGACCAGCUCUCUCGCGGUGAAGAUCCCUCACGAGCGCGGAAUUGGGCCUACUCGAUCGAAGAUGCGGAGCGCUGGAACGAAAAACUGCAAAGUAAGGAGGUGAGAAGAGACAAGGGAGAUGAGGAUGCGCAGAGCACGGCGGAGAGGGGGUACAAUAGGAAGAUCAAGGACAUGAAACCGGAUCUGAACGGGUAUAGGAAGGCCAAGGAGGCUGAUUUGGGCGUUGGAUCCGCCUCAAGUUCGAGCUCAGGGGCUUUGAUAAGGACUGCUUCGGGCUCGAGCCAAAUGGCACGUCGAGGAGAUGUGCAGAUCCCAACUUCGCAGUCGCUUUCUUACGGCACGCACAAGCCCAACGAAGAAGCGCUGGACAAGGUCAUUUCUCACAUGAACGUCGAAAGCACCUUCAAAGCCAACAGGUCCAGAAAGAGAGCAGAAGAUCCAGAUGCCGAAGUCAAUUACAUCAACAACGAGAACAAACACUUCAACAACAAGAUCAGGCGCUUCUACGACGAGUCGACGAGGACUAUCAGAGAGAAUCGUGAGUCUCCGAAAGCGGUAUUGUUUGAAGUUGGCACGAGGUAGGCAUGAAUGCUGAUCGAUCACUUCUCUCUUUAACCCAUCCCUCAUCGCUCUGACCAUCUUCAGUGGAACGCGGCACGGCCCUCUGA